CCACAAUGAAAGACGUAACACAUUUCUACACCCAGUGACUGGCCAGGUCCCAGGGGAGAACAAAAAAUUCGACUUGAAAACAUCGGCCUUGGACAUGUCCAAUAAGGCAGGUGGCAAACGCCCGGCCAGUACCAACUGUGACUUACCCAACCACAACAUGGUGUCCGAGGUCCCUCCAGAGCGGCCCAGCGUCCGGGCCACCCGAGCAUCCCGCAAGGCCAUCGCCUUUGGUAAGCGCUCACACUCCAUGAAGCGGAAUCCCAGCGUACCUGUCACCAAGGCGGGCUGGCUCUUCAAACAGGCCAGCUCCGGGGUUAAGCAGUGGAACAAGCGCUGGUUCGUCUUGGUGGAUCGCUGCCUCUUCUACUACAAAGAUGAGAAGGAGGAGAACAUCCUGGGCAGCAUCCCUCUCCUGAGCUUCCGCGUGGCUGCGGUGCAGCCCUCAGACAACAUUAGCCGAAAGCACACCUUUAAGGCCGAGCAUGCUGGGGUCCGCACCUACUUCUUCAGUGCCGAGAGCCCCGAGGAGCAGGAGGCCUGGAUCCAGGCCAUGGGGGCGGCUGCCCGAGUACAGAUCCCUCCAGCCCAGAAGUCGGUGCCCCAAGCCAUGCGUCAAAACCACGAGAAGCUGGACUCAGAGAACAUCCCCCCCAGCAAACACCACCAACCAUCCCACAACAGCCUCUCCAAGCCGGAACCGGAGGCCAAGACCCGAGGGGAGGGGGAUGGCCGAGGCUGCGAGAAGGCAGAGAGGAGGCCCGAGAGGCCCGAAGUCAAGAGCGAGCCUCUGGUGAAAGCCAAUGGUGUCCAAGCUGGAUUGGAACCAGCCUCGGAGCCAGGCAGCCCUUACCCUGAGGGCCCGAGGGUCCCAGGGGGUAGGGAGCAGCCUGCCCAGCCCAAUGGCUGGCAGUGUGGCUCCCCGGGCCGGCCAGGGAGCACAGCUUUCCCGCCUCCAGAAUCCGAGAGCGGGGGACACCAGCGGGGUGUCCCCCCACGAGCCAACCCAGACAAGAUCGCCCAGCGCAAGAGCUCCAUGGACCAGCUUCAGCAGUGGGUGAACCUGCGCCGAGGGGCGCCCCCACCCGAGGACCUCCGGAGUCCCUCUAGGUUCUACCCCAUGUCCCGCAGGGUCCCUGAGUAUUAUGGCCCCUACUCCUCCCAGUACCCCGAUGAUUACCAGUACUACCCAGCAGGGGUGCGGCCAGACAGCAUCUGCUCAAUGCCGGCCUAUGAUCGGCUCAGCCCACCUUGGGCCCUGGACGACAAGCGCCACUCCUUCCGCAACGGAGGCGGCCCUGCUUUCCAGCUGCGAGAGUGGAAGGAGCCGGCAGGCUACGGGCGGCAGGACGGCCCUGUCUGGAUCCCCAGCCAGGCCCGGCAGCCAAUCUAUUACGAUGAGCUGGACGCCACCUCCAGCUCCCUGCGCCGCCUGUCCUUGCAGCCCCGUUCCCACUCUGUGCCCCGCUCUCCCAGCCAGGGCUCCUACAGCCGUGCCCAUAUUUACUCCCCCGCCCGCUCACCCAGUGCCCGUUUUGAGCGGCUGCCACCUCGAAGUGAGGACAUCUAUGCUGACCCCGCUGCCUAUGUGAUGAGGCGGUCCAUCAGCUCCCCCAAGGUCCCUCCGUACCCAGAGGUGUUCCGGGACAGCCUCCACACCUUCAAGUUAAACGAGCAAGAUACAGAUAAGCUGCUGGGCAAGUUGUGUGAGCAGAACAAGGUGGUGAGGGAGCAGGACCGGCUGGUACAGCAGCUCCGGGCCGAGAAGGAGAGCCUGGAAAGUGCCUUGAUGGGGACCCACCAGGAACUGGAGAUGUUUGGCAACCAGCCUGCCUACCCGGAGAAGCUGCUGCACAAGAAGGAGUCACUGCAGAACCAGCUCAUCAACAUUCGGGGGGAGCUGUCGCAGGCGACCACGGCCCUGACCAACAGCACUGCGGAGUACGAGACCCUGGAGUCAGAGGUGUCAGCCCUGCACGACGAGCUGUGGGAGCAGCUUGGCCUGGACUCCCAGAACGAGGUGCUCACCCGGCAAAUCCAGAAGGAAAUCUGGAGGAUUCAGGACGUGAUGGAGGGGCUGAGGAAGAAUAACCCUUCCCGGGGCACGGACACGGCCAAGCACAGAGGAGGACCUGGCCCCUCGGCCACCUACAGCUCUAACAGCCCCGCCAGCCCUCUCAGCUCCACCAGCCUCACCAGCCCCCUGAGCCCCUUUUCUCUGGUAUCUGGCUCUCAGGGGUCCCCCACCAAGCCUGGGUCCAGUGAGCCCAAGGUGAGCUGCGAGCAAAGCAAGAAAGAACCCCACCAGACAUCAACCCUGGACACCUCUAGAGACAUGAGCCUUGUGCCUACCAGGCAAGAGGUGGAGGCAGAGAAGCAGGCAGCUCUCAACAAAGUUGGCAUCGUCCCCCCUCGGACAAAGUCACCCACUGAUACCGAGGUAACUCCGUCAAGAGUGGUGAAGAGGAGUGCCAACGUCGGCGGGCUCACCAAUGGGCUGUCCCCCCGGGAGCGCCCCAAGAGUGCUGUGUUCCCCGGGGAGGGCAAGGUGAAGAUGAGCGUGGAGGAGCAGAUCGACCGCAUGCGGCGGCACCAGAGCGGCUCAGUGAAGGAGAAGCGGCGGAGCCUGCAGCUCCCGGCCAGUCCCGCCCCCGACCCCGGACCCCGGCCCGCCUACAAAGUGGUGCGCCGUCACCGUAGCAUCCAUGAGGUGGACAUCUCUAACCUGGAGGCAGCCCUGCGGGCAGAGGAGCCUGGUGGGCAGGCCUAUGAGACGCCACGGGAGGAAAUCGCCCGGCUUCGCAAAAUGGAGCUGGAGCCCCAGCACUAUGAUGUGGACAUCAGUAAGGGGCUCUCCACACCAGACAAAGUCUUCAUCCCCGAACGGUACAUUGACCUGGAGCCUGACAUGCCCCUGAGCCCCGAGGAGUUGAAGGAGAAGCAGAAGAAGGUGGAGAGGAUCAAGACGCUCAUUGCCAAGUCCAGCAUGCAGAACGUGGUGCCCAUCGGCGAGGGGGACCUUGUGGACGUGCCCCAGGACUCAGAGAGCCAGCUGCAGGAGCAGGAGAAGCGGAUUGAAAUCUCCUGCGCCCUGGCGACCGAGGCCUCCCGCAGGGGCCGCAUGCUGUCUGUGCAAUGUGCCACCCCAAGCCCUCCCACCUCCCCUGCUUCCCCGACUCCACCAGCCAACCCCCUCUCGUCUGAACCCCUGCGGGGCGCCGACAGCAGCCAAACCAUGCGGUCUGAGCUCUGACUGCAAGCCCUGGCUGAGGCCAAAGCUGGGAAGCUGCACAGAGCCACAUUCUGAAGCCCUCCUCUGCCCACUGAGGUCCUGGCCCCCACCCUGGCCCCCCGCCCCUGUGCUGCCAUGGGAAUGCUGCAGGGAGCCGGGCUGGGGCCAGGGGCGGCUGCCAAGAGGGGCACAGAUAGCUCCAUGCGCACGCGCCCACUACACCUGGCGUGAAGCCCUCACUACUCGGACGGUGGUCCUGGGCCAGGGCUGGAGAGGGCAGGGCAGCGCCAUCCUGCCUGAUGCCCAAGUCACAGAGAGGCCGGGCCUGGUGGUGGCCGGGAUUGUGGUGGCCCUACCGAAACAUUUCCUGAUGGAGAAGGCGCCCUGGUGGGGAAGAUGCCCUGGCUUCUUGGGCUCGGACUGAGGUGAAGAGGAGGAGGAUGUGGACACUGGCCCUUCCGACCCCUCCUGACGUGGAGGACAGCACCUGCCGUCACCCCCUUCCCCAUCCACCCGCCCCACCGGCCCAGCUGCAUCCGGGGCUCGGACACGUCUCUGCCUGUGGGUGCUCCUCUGCGGGCCGGUGGGCACGGCCCACCCUGCUUGAGCCAAAGACAAGAAGAGAGAUGGCAGGGGGAUGGGGGGGGGGGGGGCUCCUCGGCCCGCAGCAGGGACAGCGCUGGCUGUGGUCAGAGAGCAGCGGGCAGGUCUGUGCAGGGUCAGGGCAGGUCGAGAAGGGUAGCGGAGGGAGAGCGCGGAGGAAGUGGGAGGAGACAACGGCAGGACUCGUACGCAAGUAAAGGAGGGUACGGAGAUGGGGAGGGGCUGUGGGAUGGGUUUCCCCAGGACGGGGGCCUUAGCUUAGUGCCAGGUGCAGUGCCAGCCUGUCAGCUCUGCUGCCCCACCCCAAGCCCAGCCCCAGGAGGCUCUGCCACAAGCCCGUGGCGGCCUUCAGCUGAGGUGCUUGGCUUGGGAUGGAGGUGUGCUGUGAGGGCUUCCACGGAGGCUCUUUCAUGCACUGGGCCUGGGGUCUGCCUCCCCCUAGGGGCUCAGGUGCAGAGAGAAGGACCCACCUUAUGUGGGGUGUGGUCAGCCAUGGGGCCUUUGGAACCAUUUUUGAGACAUUUUCUUGUCCCCCUUCCCCCUGGAAUGUGCUGUGGGCCAGCUGAGAGGGUGCCUCAGGGAGUGGGGACACGGCCUUAAUCUAGGAGGCCAGCUUCUAGGCCCCUACCCCACAUCUCCGGCAUCCCAGAUGAGGACCAGCCAGGCGCUCUCACCAUCCACGUACCCACCAGGCUAGUGCGGGAGAGAAAGAAGCCAAGCUCCACCGUCCUCCGCACCACCCACCCUGAGAUGAAUGUAGCCAGAGAAGAAGGAGAGGACAGCGAAGCUGGAAACACCCAGCCCCUAGGCCUUCCCCUCGCCAGAGCUGUUGCCCAGAGACCUCAGCCUGACCUCCAGUGGCCACAAGAGCAGCUGCUCUGUCUUCCUCCAGUUCUUCUCCACUCCUUCAUGGCCGCUACAGUUUCAGGUUCAUAUGCAAGUAAAGAUGGCAAUUCAUUCAACAAAUAUUUAUGGAGCACCUUUUCUGCACCAGGCACUGUUCUAGGUACUUAGGAUAGUCUCAUGCUUCUGAGGCAUUACAGACUGGGGGGGCGGGGGGAGUUCUUAUCUUCACGUCCAGCAGGGCUUGUGAACAUGACCUUCAGCUGCAUUUCCCAUCUUUAGCACAGCCCAACAAGCAUCCCUGAAUCAGUCUUUUCUCCCCAGACUGGCAGGUGGCUCCCAGGUAACCCUCUCUCCCUCUUUUCCCACCUUUCUGCAUCCACAAGAAACAGAUUUUGGGGGGCCUUCCAUGCCUUCCCCUUUAUUUGUCUCUCCUUUUCCUUAAGUGAUAUUUGCAGAAAUACAUGUAAAAUACCAAGGACUCAUGUCUGCACCUCUGCCACCGCUCUCACCUUUGCCAUAAAGCUGGCUCUUUAUGUUGCUUUACAUGCCUUAAUAUAUGUUUUAUGAAGAUUACACGUAGUGUAGAUAUAUAUGUAAUAUAUAUAUUUGUUUAGAGGUCUGAUCCUUUCCUAAAACUCCCACCCAGGCCUGUUUUCUCUCCUUCCCAUACCAUUUCUAGCAUGUUGGGGCCGUACCCCAUGCCUUUUGAUCCAAAAAAGGGGAGAGGAAAGACUUAUUUUAAGACAGAUCUAUUUUAUGCUUUUGUUACAAAAGCAAACCUAUUUUCAAAAUGUGCAAUGUCUGAAUGGAAUUGGCAAAUGAUGUGCGGAGGAGACUGGGGUGGCUGCCUCUAGGUCCAACCCUACACCCUUCCCGCUUCCCCCCUUUCUCCAGUCUGCCAAGGGCUGCCCCCCAGAGCUCACCUGGAGAGCAUCUUGCCAGGGCAGCACAUUCUCUUGGAAGUCCUAUCUAGGGAUUUGAUUACACUGUUAACUCUUGAUGACCCUCUAGGGUUUUGGCCUGUGAAUCCUCUAAAGAAUGUUUACAGUCAUGUGUGCUAAAGAACUCUGCAGGCACACAGAGCCCCCACGUGCUCCCGGGCCACCUCCCUGCACCAUCCUGCUGGAAAGGACAGACAGCUUAAUGCUGUUGUAAACUGCUCCAAGUAUUCUGUUCCUUGAGGGAUCCGGGAUACAAGGCAAAGGCCAAAGGAGAUGGUGUGGGGCUGCGGGUCCUUCAGUCCACAUACAGUCAGGUUCUCUGGACUUCUCACAUACCUGGUCACAUGAUCCCUCUCUGGACUGCAUCACAUCUACGGCAUGUCUCCCUCUGUGACUUUCCUCUGGGGGCUGUUGGUGAGGGGCAGGACCUCCGUCUGGCAUCCUGACUGUGAAGCCAGCUUCCGGGCAGAGGAAAGGCCCAUGGGUGAUGUGGCAUCUCAGUGGUGCCCAAGAAGCCCCCAGGCCUCUCCUCUGGCACGCUGCCACUGGGGUGCUGAACUAAGCCAGCUCAGCCUUCCAAACUUCUGACUGACUGUCGAAGUGGGCAAGGGGUUCUUGCCUUGCAAGGAUUUGGGCAGAACUGAAGUCUUUUGUCCAGAUCUGGAAUCAAGGGUUUUGGAGUCUGGCACUGAGCUCCUGGACAGCAUCUGAAGCCUGACCUCCCACCUUUGACAUUUACUGGCACCCUAUUCCCAGCCUAGAACAUCUUGUUAUGAAUGAAUGGGGCCCCAGUGGAGGCUCAGGGCUAAGUAACUCACCUGCAGACAGCCCUGGUUACCAGUUUAGGAACUUCCCAGGUAGCAUAUUACCUCCUUGAUCAAUAACCAAGAGGCUAUAAAAUCCUGCUACUGUCACUUUAAAGAUUUUUUGGGGUCACACACUCUGCACACCGGCUCCCCUGGCUUGGUGAGAGGCAUGUUCUCAGGCUGGCUGACCGCACAGAUGGAAUCAAUGCUUUCCCCUGCAGGCAUCCCCCACCUGGCAGCUCUUAAAACUAAGACAAAAUAUAAAAUAAACACACGCACACACACACAAACAUAUAUAUAUACACACACACAUAUAUCUAUUUAUGCACUUAUUGGGGCCAAUUUGAUUUGCUAGUAUUAGAUGAUAAAUCAUACGAGGAAAUGUAUGAUCUCAGUGUCUUUAUUUAGUAUAAAAGUGACCUUAGAAGAAGAUCAAGAUUAGAUAAACAGAGGGUAUCUCUUUCAGGGGACCAAACAGCUGUAGCAGCCCCUCAGCAUCUUUCUAGCCAAGGAGCCCCUUCUCUGGGUGUGGGGCGGGGCAGGGGGUGCAUCGUCCUGACUGAUAGGUGAGUUUGCUUCCCCCUUGAGGUGCAGAAGAAUCCCAGUGAGCUCUGCAUUUGUAUCUUGCAAGUUUGUAUAAACUCAAUCCAGGAAAUAAAAUGAAUGGUUUGUACAAGU